AUGGCACCGAAUCUGUCCACGGCCGAGCUGCUGAGUCUUGACUCUGCGGCCUUGCAGAGAAAGCUCGAUGCUGGUGUGCUCACCAGUGUCGAGCUGGUGCAGGCAUGCCUCGCACAAAUCGACAAGCACGAUCAACAGGGCGCCAAGCUGAACGCUAUGAUUUCCAUCACUCCUCAUCACCUCCUCAUGGAGCGCUCGGCACAGCUCGACCGUGAAAGGACGGCGGGUCUUGUCAGGAGUCCAUUUCACGGCAUUCCCAUCCUGGUCAAGGAUGCCAUUGCCACAUCGCCGUCCCUCGAACUCGCGACGACACUGGGCAGCCUUGCCCUCAAGGACUCGAUUGCCCCCAAAAGUGCCAGCAUCGUUGCCAAGUUGGAGAAGAUGGGUGCAAUUGUGCUCGGCAAAACGAAUUUGAAUGAGCUUUGUAAUUUCAAGGGGGAUGCAAACUCGAACGGUUGGUCGGCUCUCAGAGGACAAACCCAAUCUGCCUAUAUUGCUCGUAGGGCAAAUGAGACGGGAUUGGGACAAAGUGAUCCCUGUGGCUCCUCGACAGGCUCUGCUGUGGGGGUUUCAGCAGGCUACGCUCCCUUGGCUCUAGGGACCGAGUCAAUCGGCUCUAUAGUCAUGCCAGGUUCAAGGGCUGGUCUAUAUGCUUUCAAGCCUGCAUUCAAUGUUGUCAACAUGGACGGCGUUUUCAAAAGUUCUCUAGAGCUAGAUGUUGUAGGCGGGCUUGCUCGGUCCCCCAGAGACCUGGCACUUCUAAGCCAGGCAGCCCUCACAGAAGAGAAGCGGCAACUCCUACCCGAGGCUGGUUACCUGGGGUUUCUUACUGGGAACUUCAAUGGACUUCGUACAGGUUUUCUCGAUCCCACAAAAUGGUCGCUUCACCCGAACAUUGUGAAACUAGAUGAUAUCAUACUGAAGCAGAUGACUGAGAUGUACUUCGCGGCUUUUGAUCGCAUUAAAGAAUGUGCCGCCGACGGAUCUGUGGUUUACCCCGUCGACAUACCUCCCGCGACUGAUCUAUGGUAUGAGGGACAGAAUCCCAUCGAAGUGGUCAUCUCCUAUGAGGCCAAAAAGCCAAUUGAAAACUGGCUGGCAGAGGUCGACGUCCCAGGCUUGAAAACGAUUGAAGAUCUUAUCAGUUUCAAUGAAGAGCACAAGGAUGUGGAACUGCCAGAAAGUCAUCCCGAUCAAAACCAGUUGAUCAAAGCUUCUCGGAACCCUCCGUCGAGGGAGAUGUACGAAACGGUCAAGGCGCGGAUGAAGUCUAUAUCCAAAGAUAAUGGAAUUGACAAGCUAUUUCGUGAGCAAGAUUUGAACAUCCUGGCGUUCCCAAUGGACAGCCUGAUGGUGUUUAUCUCUGCUGCAUCUGGCUACCCAAUCGCAACAAUGCCCCUUGGCGUCAUCCCCGAAGAUGGACGCCCGUACGGACUAGGCAUAAUGGCUCAGGCUGGUAAAGAGGAUCUGAUGUUUCAGUUCAUCAGCGCAUUUGAAGCCCAUUUCCCUUCACGCGUCCUCCCACUUCGCGUGUACGACAACGGCGCUACCUCGGAACUUUAG